UUAUACACGAACGAUGUUCAACUUAAGCUAUACGCAUUGAUAAGAGAUAUGGUGAUAACGAUGUUUGUCUGUGUCUCUUGGCGUUAUAUUACGUUAGAACUUUUCGUACUAUAAUUGUUUGUUAAAAUACAUCCUUAAAAUGGUGAAGUGUUCGGUUUGGGAAAUCUUAAUUUUUUUAUUUCUUAAUGAAAACUCGAGGGCUGUAAUUGAAUGUCCCCAUCGAAUGACGUGAGCGACUGUGGCGCUACUGCGGCCGUCCGCCCGAACUAACGACAGUAGUCAAGAAUCGGCCGUAGUGUACGUGAGGCCGAGCGGUGUGUUAUCGCGAAUUUUCACGAAAAUGGCCAACGACAUCAACUCAGAACUCAAAAACAAACACUUUCCAAUAAACCAGUUAGUAUGUGUCGGAAACUAUCAGCUGGAAAAGACGAUCGGAACGGGAAAUUUCGCUGUAGUAAAGCUGGCCACACAUGUAAUAACGAAGACCAAGGUUGCCAUAAAAAUAAUAGACAAAGCGAGAUUAGAUGAAGACAAUUUGAAAAAGACAUUUCGUGAGAUUGCUAUCAUGAAGAGGAUGAGACACCCGCAUAUUGUUAAAUUAUAUCAGGUGAUGGAAAGUGCACACACAAUAUACCUAGUCACAGAGUACGCCUCUAACGGGGAAAUAUUUGACCAUUUGGUGUCAAAGGGCCGCAUGCCGGAGUCGGAGGCGGCGCGCAUCUUCGCGCAGAUGGUGGCCGCGGUUGGGUACUGUCACUCGCGCGGCGUCGUACACCGCGAUCUCAAAGCAGAGAAUCUACUGCUGGAUCGAGACAUGAAUAUAAAGUUGGCAGAUUUUGGGUUCAGCAACGAAUACAGUGCGGGUGCAACAUUAGCCACAUGGUGCGGCAGUCCGCCGUACGCUGCGCCAGAACUCUUCGAAGGGCGACACUAUAACGGCCCCAAAGUGGAUAUAUGGUCGUUAGGCGUAGUGCUGUAUGUGAUGGUUUGCGGCGCGCUGCCAUUUGACGGCAGCACGCUCAGCGAUCUGCGCAACGUCGUACUUAGCGGGAAGUUCCGGAUACCAUACUUUAUGUCACAAGAAUGUGAGCAUCUGAUCCGCCACAUGCUGGUAGUGGAUCCGGAGAAGAGGCUGUCACUGCGCGGAGUGGCGCGUCAUCGCUGGCUGGCGGCGCACCAGCCCGGACCAGGACCUGGCGUGCCCGAUGCGUCGGAAGGUGCAUGUACAUGUCACUCAGGGGGGGAGGAGGAGCCGGCGGCGGAGAGCGCGCACCACCACAAGCUGCUGGCGCACAUGCAGGCGCUGCCGGGACUUACAGCUGACCUCGUGCUGCAGUCAGUGCAAGAGGAGCGUUUUGACCACAUAUCUGCGAUCUACAACUUGCUACUUGACAAGCUGCGCCGGCGCACCACUCACAGGAACAGCAUCCACAGAGACUCACUGGAUUCUAACAGAAGUCAGCCUUUGGAUCUCACUAGCUGUAAGAAUACGGAGGAUGAACAAAUGGAGGCUGAGGAGUGCAGUUCUCAGGAGUGCCUCGUGUCCAUACCCUGCGAGCCUGUCGACUACGUCAUGGAUAGAGACGAUAACUUGGAGAAGUUCGGUGAGUGCGGUACGCCCGCAGCUGAGGAACGUCCAGCACCACCCCCGCCUUCAACGCGGCGACACACCGUCGGCCCCGGGGACUGCCGACAUGCACAGCCCAGCGAGCUGUCAGGUUGUGGAGCGGCGUCCGCAGAUCUACGUCCCGCCCCACUCUGUGUGUCCGCACAUUUCAAUCAACAAGCUUCACCGAACGUAUCUUUACUACCGAAUACGAACCUGGCGGCGAAGUUACCGGCGGUGCAGCAUCAGCCACCGCGCUACUUCAGCGUCAAAGAUCAGCAUCUGCUGAAGCCACCGCACGCCAUGCAGACACACGCGUCGUCGUUUGGUCGUCGUGCGUCGGAUGGUGGUGCUCAUGUACCACGUGGUGCAGAGCGCGCCUGCUGCCGCUCAGCACCCUCACACCAUGUAUCAGACAGUGGAACACCAGCGCGGCAGGAAGACGCCGAGCAUGCGGAGGAGCAGACCACUGACUCUGUAUAUAACACCAACUUGUCCAGAUACAUGCAGAGUCGCGGCAGCAGUAAGAGACACACAAUAGUGACUGCAGAGGACGCCGCCAACGUGGUCACCUCCACCUCCUGCAUAGGACCUAUGACGAGCACCUCUCCGUCUUCAACAGCCAACAUCAGAAUGAGACGGACAGGUCUCCUCACAGUGACAGAGCGUCCGCCAGUUAUAAGCCCAGAGCUGGUUAUGGAAGUUGAGCGGCGAAUGAACAGAAACUAUUUACCACCUUCGAUACAAGGUGGUUACCAGUACCAAAACCAAUCAGGGUACCAAAGUCCACCCACCGGUACGAACCCAACGCAAACCGUACCGCAAACCCCAGCACAAGGUUCGAUAACAGCUGGUACACCGAACUAUUCGAACCAAAGCCAGAGCAACCAGAAAAUGAUACCUUCCUUAGAAACGAUACCUCAAGGCAGUAUGAUAGGGAGGAAGGGGUCUAUAGUAUCUGGUACGCCCGUUACCAACCAAGUUACCUCCCCCUACACACCCCCAACUGGACCAUUUUCCCCCAAUCACGGCUCACUCGCACAAAAUCAAAAUACAAUGAUAACUGAAAAACCUCAGAACACUCAGAACUUCGAUACAAAUCAAUUCAGCAAUGACUACAAUUUCAAUAACUUUUUAAAUAAUUCCAAUAUGACGUCAUCAAAUUUCUCUAAUAACAGUACACAGUUUACUUCAAAUAACUUCGGUAUAACAAGCGGUACACCAAUGGCGAAUUACCAAAAUCAAAAUGUCACAGGAUCUAUUACUAGCGGUACACCAAUAGGAAAUUACCAGAGUCAAAGUAUGGGUUCGAUUAGUGGUUGUGGACAAACGCAAUCUAUUAGUGGGUCGGGCAUGUCUGGAUCGAUGAGCGGGUCGGGUAUACCCGGGUCGGGCAUUCCCAGUGGGUCUAUAACGGCCGGCACGCCGUGCCAAGUGCAGCCGACGCCGGGCGCCGCGUAUAAUAGACAACGCAAAUACUCCGGACCUCAAAGGGUCAAACUGCAAAUGUUAGCUACUGUACAGGAAAUGGCGAGAGAGCACGCGGAACGUUACUCUCCAGUGCGGCGUGCGGAGAGCUCGCCCCCGCGCGCCGCACACGACCUCGCCUCCGCACGCCUCGAGUACCAGCAGCUGCAGCGCGGCCUAGAACGGCGGAGUGGUGCGAGCGCGGCGGGCGCCUCCCCGCCCCGACCUGACAGUCGCCUCCACACCCCCAAUACAUCCGUACCUGGUUCCCCGCGGCACUGCGGCGCUCCGCCCCCGCUGGACCUGAGCGUGCUCAGCGUGGAGGCGGCGCGCGCCGUGCUGUGUGCUGCACGCGCACUGCCUGACCCCGGCGCUGCAGACCUGCCGCGUACUCUGCUCCUCACUCAGGACCUGGCUCUGAAGAUGGGCAUCAACCUGCACAACCUGUGCUCGCCUCACGUCAACAUAUCUCAGGAGAUAGUGCAGGCGCUGCACGCGCACGGGCUGGCGCUGCUGCCCGGCCACGUGUCCCCCGCCAGCCCCGGCUCCCCCCUCCACCAGAUCACAGAGGGCCUCAGCUACCUGCACACCGGCUCCAUCACACGCGGCACCCCCCAGCCCACCGCCACGCCGCUCGAUCUGCGCAGCAACCUCGACGUGGACCCCGGCCAGUACCCCCAGCUGCACCCCAUGGUCCACCCCCAGAUACACAUGGUCACCCACCGCUCCCUCAAUAACUCCCCCAUAUCCAACCCCGGCUCCCCCCUCGACAUGAUACAGGAGGAGAUCGGCAACGGGAGUCACAACGGUGACGCCAAAAUGUUCACUCACGAAAUGAGAAAUAUCCAGUUUCCGAGCUACGUGUCCAGUCAUCCCCAGAUCAGUUUGACCGACUGCCUGGGCUCGGAGAUCACCUUGGUGGCCUCGUCCUCGGAGGACAGCGUCGACAGUUUGGAGAACGCCAAGUACCCUCUGCCGCAGUUCGUGAUAUCGGAGCCCUCCGAUCUGGACGACCGACCCUCGAUCACCAAAGGGAUCGGCAGGAAGGUGAGUCAGGAGAACGAGCCGCCGCCGAGGGAGGUGCCCAAAGACCUAGAACUGCACCUGGAUAAAGACACGGAGAUGCAAUCUCCCAAAGAGAGCGUGGACGAGACCAACAGGUUCCUCACGGAAGAUCUAACGUACCUGAGGCGAGGAAGUGACAAAUCGCUGGGCUUCAGCGACGACUCCCUCAGCAACGACUCAGCCAACGCGUCCCCAAACUGUGAGCAGAACGUCCAGUCGAUAUACUCGAAUAUUAUAUCUGUUAGUUCUGGAUUUAGUGAAAACCGGGGAAGCUUCUCUGAACACAGGGAAUCAUUCUCCUUCUCGGAUAGGGGAAGUUUCUCGGAGCGGGGGGACUUCGGACGAUCUUCCUUCUCUGAACGGAGUGACUUCGGCAGGGGGAGCUUUUCGGAAAAGGGGGAAACUCCUCGGUCUUCUUUCUCCGCUCAAGGAGUACUCGGAGAGGUGAAAGAGUACAAUGAAGACGUUUGUAUGCCUCGUGAUAGCAGUAGAUACGGCUUUGAUAAAUACGAAGACCAUCCUCGGCAGGAAGAGAUUGAAAAACUUCAGCGGUCUACUAUGGAUUUACGUUUGACGGAGAUCUGUAGGCCUGAGGAGCAAAGAAUACCAAUUUUACUAAGUCCACAGGAGAUUUCUUGCUUUCAAGAGUAUAUAGAAGUCGCUCUAUCUACAGUUUGUUCCCAACUUGAUUCACAUCGGAUAGUGGAAUUGCUAAAGGAGACUAUAAAUACGAGAGUUCCACCUCAGAACAUUUUCAUUGAAACUGGUGAUCAGAAGGAGAAGCAUGAUGAUACAGAAGCACUAACUGGUUUCCUAAAUCUAGAAUAUUCCGGUGGGAUCCAGAUCGAACUGAUCAUAUGUGAGAAUAAAGCUAAAGAAAAGAAAGGAUUAAAAAUGAGACGGAUUUCUGGUGAUCAGAGAGAGUAUGGCAAACUUUGCCAGCAAUUGAUCACCAGUUUGACUGUUUAACUGUUGACUGUGGGUUUCCACUGUUUUAAUACUUGUAUAGAAACAUAUGUCUUUGAAUUUGACAGAGAUAUGUUUUGAUACAAAUAUUAUUGUGGAAUUUCUUUUGAAAUCUAAGUCCAAAAUGUACAAGCAAUUCUAAUACUUAA